AUGAGCGACAACCAGUAUAUUGAGUUUAUAGUCUCUGAGAAAAAUCUGGAAGGGAACAAUAGACUGCAAGAUGGCAGCAAGAAGCCCUCCUGGAAUCUCAGAAGACUAAAUAGGGAGAAAUUGGCGGAGUCUCUAACCGAGUUCCGGUUAUUUCAGGAACUCGGUUGUACGACAAAACUAAUUACUCUAGAAGAAAAAGUGCGUAAGACGAGGCAAGUUAUUAUCGCGGCGUGCAGGAAUUCAAUGCUUCGCCGGCAGAAAACAAAAAUGAAGAAAGCUCUGUACUGGUGGAACGACGAACUAGCCGGUCUAAGAAGAGAAUGCCAUGCAGCGAGGAGGAAGUAUACCCACUCUAAGGGAGACCUCCUGCUAAAAGAAGAGUGGCAUAAAGCCACUCGAAGAGCUUAA